AUGGCUUAUUGGUACGAGAGGAAUUUGCAGGGCACGAACAACCCAGACUCCGACACUUGGAGUCAAAGCAGUCAACGAAAUCAAGACUGGUAUGCAUCUGACUUGAGUGAUUGGGCCAAGUCGUCGAAAACUUCGGCGCCGACAGCCCUCAAGCCUACACUUCCAGCAUCCUUUCAAUCCGACGACAAGUUUUGGGACAAACAAGCUAUCGGCAGACAGGGGCACCAGCUCUACAAGGAAGUUCAACCGCUUGAAUGGAUAAGGACGAUUGUGGUCGCCGUCGUCGCUCAAGCUAUCAUGUCCUGGGUGCCCCAGGUCGACCUGGACUCUCUUACCCAGGCCAUCGAGCAGCUCCAUCUGGCUACUGGACCCCUUGCCCGGGCCGUGCAUCGGCCCCAGUCCUCCAGCUCCGACGGCUGGGUGGUGGUGCCUGCAGAUUCCCCGACCUCUAAGGCCUCCUCGCCCCUGCAGAGCCGGGCCCUGAGAGCCUGCUGCGCUUGGUGGUUGGUCUUGCUCCUUCUGUGCGUGUUGAGCGGGCCCGCCGUGCUUGGAACGCCGGACUUCAAGCUCGCCAGUUCCAGGUUCUACGUGGUUCUGCGGAACGGCCGAGGAGGUGAGCCAGCCUGCUACCAUAGCUUUGCCAGUUUCAAGAGGGACGUGGCGAGGCCAGAACGCGUCGCCUGCCGGUGUUCCCUUGCCCCGCAUCCUGCCGUGAUGGCCUCCGACAUGCUGGUUUUUGCUUCCGAGGGCCACCUUUUUCCUUAUUUGGCUCGCCCGCCUGUGGCUGGCUCCCCAGGGGAUGGAGAUCGCCGUGUGCUUUGCGUGCCUGUUCUUCCCAGCAAUGGUGGGUUUCUCCUCGCGCUGCCUGCCGGCUCCAUCCCUCCCAGCUUGCUUUCCCGUGGCCAAGGUGCCGGUGCCAAAGAUAUGAUAGGCCCCUCUACAGAGCUAACCGUUCCUGCUGCCAAACCUGGGCCGAAGAGGGUCACCACUGCUCAGUUGGCCGACCAGCUGGGAUCGAUCAGCCAGCUCCUGCCGACCAUCACCAGCCAGCUAAAGGAGAUCUCGGAGAAGCAGCGUGCUUUGGAGGAGAAGGUGGAGAAGAGGCGGGCCGUGGGUCCACCUCCUACGGCGAAGGCUGCUGCACCCGCCUUCGUCGAAGACGGGCCUCAGCAAGAUAUGCUGGAACUCGCGGACCCAGCCUUCAGGAAGCUAGGCGACGGCUCGGCAACCUCGGCCCUGACUCAGCAGACCCAGGCCCUCACCCAGCUGGUGGCGCACCUGAUUCAGAACUCCGAAGGGGGAGCAGACUUCGGGGGCGGCCAGCGGAUGCCCGGCCUUUCCUCGAAGGGCAGUGCAAAAAGGGAACGCCUUCUUGCAGAGCUGGCCGAGAAGAACGGCUCUUUCAUGCUGGCUGUGGCACAGCAGGGUUACCGCCGGAUGUACGGGGGCUACGAGUCCCAACGAGAGCUCGCCCUAACCAUGCACAUGACAACUCAGAUUGCCGACGUUCUCCUCGCGGGGGAGACAGAGCCUGCUCUGGACCUGCUGGCCUUGAUGAUGACCUGCCUCGAACAGGUUUGCCAAGACGGGGGCAAGUGGGAAGUUGGCUACAUCCUUUCUCUGUUCCCCGAGCCGGCCCACCAGGUCUUCUCUUCGAAGGGCAGCCCGCAGAAUCCCAGACUCCGUGCCUGGGCUCCACUGUGCCCGGCCCCUUGGGCCACCACAGCCCUCGCCUUUUUGAAGGAGGCCGACAAUACUAUGGCCGGCAAGAAGCCUCAGGAUCAGCGACCUCGUCGGGGAAACCUCUGGAUGCAGCCCCCGAAUAGGCACCAGGCCAAGGCACUGGACUAUAUCGGCAGGCUGAUCAAGACUUGUGCCGGAUGUUUCGGAUCGCCUCACCUCAAGUUUUCCACUGAUAAGUACGGGCCCAGCUUUCCAGGUGUCAAGCUCGAUGAGCCCGCCGCCUUUGCAAACUGGGACCCCUCGGACCACCUCGACGACUUGUUCUUCUUGGCUUUCAGGGUGCCUGACCUCUCGAAGGAAUCCGCUGUCAAGGUGUACGACCUGGCCCGCCGCUGGGACAGCCUAGGGACCCUGUCUGGUCCAUCGUCUGCCCUUCCCUGCGGCCCUCAGCUCACCAGCUUCUACCUCGACCCCAGACGGCAGGAGUUUUCGAUAUCGGUGACAGAUAGAUCCGACUUCUAUCACCAAUUGGCGGUUCCACCGCGGCGUGCUUUGAGGAAUGUGUUGGUGCCCCCGCUCGCGGCGUCCCGGGUUGCUGACCUCCAGGCCUUCAAAGCCCAGCCCCUUCUCGACGACGUGCCCUCUGGCCUUCGGCGAGGCCGGCCUUGCAAGAAACUCUUUGCCUGUUUCGGUGCCGUGCUCCAGGGAGACGCGCUCGGAGUGGAAGUUGCUACUUCCUCCCACGGCCGGUUGUUGUGUGCCGGCGGUCUUUUGGACCCGACCUCUAGGCUGUGUGGGGGCCAGACUUUCCCCCACGGAGCCCCCGAAGACCUGGUGCAGGGGCUGAUCAUCGAUGAUUUUUUUGCGAUAAGCUGGAUCGAGGUUGGAGCCAAGGUUCCCUCCCUAGCCUCCCGUGCGCUCGCCCAGGCCCGGGCCAUCUAUGCCAAGGAGGGACUCAAGGGGUCGGUCGAGAAAGACAUUGAUGGCAGCAGUUGCGCUACCGUUGGGGGCGCUGAGCUCGAUGCCUCCGCUUCCACGCGUGCCAGAGGGGUAGUCGCCGUGGGCCCCCCUCGGGCCAAACGACUAGGCCUUGCUGCCAUCACCCUCGAGAGCUGCCGCUUGAAAAAGACGAGUGAUGUUCUACACUUGUGUUUGGUCGGCGGCUGGGUCUCGGGGUUUUGCUUCAGGAAGCCCCUCAUGGCCUGCUUUGACAAGGUCUUCACCUUUGUGAACGCCACCGAGGUCGACUCUAACCGCCCCCGUGUCCUGGACCUCUCCAGGUCUGUUGCUGAUGAGCUCGUCCUCGCGGCCUCGCUCUCGCACCUCUUUUUCAGUGUUUCCAUUGAGUACGACCCGGCUUCAACGCGUGUGUUUGAGUGGGCUGCUUUUUUGGUCGAGUCGGGUCGCCUGCUGGCCGUAGACCCUCGUCUCGGGAGGACUCCUUUGCGCCCCAGCUCAAAGCUUGGAGGGACCUUUGCCAAAGGAAGGACUUGGCGGCGAGAUCUUCUGAAGCCGGCUCCCGGGGACAGUUGCGACGAGGAGGUCUGGCUCGAGGAUAGUCCCGUGCAGACGGUGGGCGGCAAACUGGCUGCGACUGUUUUCCUGCCUGGCUCGCUACCGGCCACCUCGGCCUGGCGAGGCGUAUCGGUACCAAGGCCUCCUCUUGUGGACUUCGACUCCUCGCUUGGUUUUCCCGGUGAAGGGCCUUCUCCUCUGAGCAUUUGCGCUUUUGUCUGGUGGGGCGUCCUUUUCGCUUUGUUUGUUCAGGGAGUUCAGGGUCCGGUUCCUUUAGCCUCGAGCCAUGGUUUCCUGCUGCCUCGUUCUGCACGUGACCAACAGAGGCAGGAGCGCCGUGGGACAGGGGACCUGCCUUUGGGACGGCCCGUUGAGCCAGCCACCCAGAAGAACCGCGAGUUCUUAUGGUCCAGCUUCUGCGAAUGGCUUGCUUCAGCUGGGAUUGAGCGAGCUCUUUUCGAGACUGUCGAGGGACAGCAGGACAUAGAUGGCAUAAACGCCAUCCUGGGGAGGUAUGGCCGCGAGCUCUACCGUGCCGGCCGUCCUUACGCUCACUUUUCGGAGACCCUGAACGUGUUUAGCAGUCGGGUGCCAAAGCUCAGAAGGCUUCUUCAGCCGGCAUGGGACGUCGCUUUUGCUUGGAGGUGUUGGUGGCCCACCGCUCUACUCUGGGGCUGGGCCAGAGUUGCAGGAGCUCUGGCACUGGCAUGGGGAGGCCUUCUUCGGAUCGGUGAGGUUUUAGGAGCUUUUCGAUCCGACCUCCUCUUGCCCUCCGAUGUUCAAGGGACCUCGGACUAUGCUUUAUUGUCCAUACGGAACCCGAAGACGAGGUUUUCUGCAGCGAGACACCAGGCUGUGAGGGUCGACCAGCCGGACCUGCUUGCAGUGCUCGAGCUCGUUUUUCAGAAGGUCCCUUCGGGGUGCAAGCUCUGGCCCUUUUCGGGUCAGACCUUGCGCUCUCGCUUUCAGCAGCUAUGCUCUUCGCUGCAGCUGCCUAUUGGAAGGUCACCUGGGAAGAAUGGCCUUGAGCUCUCAUCUUUGAGAGCAGGAGGCGCUACCUGGUUGAUGAACACUGUCGAGGACUCAGAGUUCGUGAGACUCCGAGGCCGCUGGUUGUCUCAUCGUAUUAUGGAGAUUUACAUACAGGAGACUACCUCGCUACAGUUCCUUCCGACUCUUCCAGCAGCCUCACGAGUGAAGGUAUUUCUGGCCCUUGAGACGUUCCCUGAGAUACUGAAUCGCGUGACCUUCUUUACCUCCGCCGGCAUUUUGCCGACGAUCUGGUUUAAGCUGCUCGCCGAGGGUUCGUUCACGACGACGGAUGGGAGGACGAUGGGUGGCAGACUGCGCAAAGCAGCUGUCGCCCAAAACGGGAUAAGGACGAUUGUGGUCGCCGUCGUCGCUCAAGCUGCCCUCCGCACCCGCCCGAGUGAGAUCCUGGGGCCAGGUUUGGAGGCCUUGCUGGGCGCACUCGCUCCAGGCUCCCUGGUCCUGUUGUUCAUUGGUUUCGACGGGAGCGUCGUCUCAGCCAGCUUUACUGGGGGCUGGCCGGACAUUAGCUGCACCAUGGCCUCUUUCCCGUCUGGGUCUACUUCGUCUCCUGCGAGGGGGGGUGGACGUGCCGAAGUCGCCCCAGCAGAUAUUGAUCGUCUUAUCUUUACUGCUCGUGUACAAGGGCUGCCAGACUCGUUACCCCGGCUGCCAUGGGAGUCUGGAGUUAUGGCCAUGAUCUUUGGUGACGGCAUUUUGCCAAAGCCUGUAGUGGUGCAACCGUGUGCACCAUCCAAGGACACGACGACAGCUGAUGGAGAUCCCAUUUUGGCUUCAGCAUCUCGUGUGCGGCCUGCUCCAAGUACUUUGUUCGAGAAAUCCUUUGCUUCCAGGGCGGAUGUCCCCGUGCACGAGGAGGACGAGCGGCUCUGGACCAUGGCCGUGGGUAAGUGGUGUAGCAUCUUUGCUUUGGCACACAGCGACCCGGGUCAGGUGGGUGAGCAAGCUGCCCAGUGCUUCGCUGCGGAGGGCGAAGCCGCCCGUGAUGAGCUCCUUCGAGACGUUUUUGGUCUUCGGUCGCCAAGGACAGCAAUUAAACGUGCCAAUGCCUUGCUUCGCUGUUUCAGGUGGCAUCAAAGGGAGCACGACAGUGUGUGGCCGUGGGACAGACCUUCCAUCACUGCCUUUGUGAGGUCUCUGGGCGACUCAGUCAGUGCAGUGAGUGGUCUCUUCGAAGCAAUGAAUUUUGCACAUCAUGUGAUGGGCCUUCCUUUCCAUGCAGACAUUCUCGCCGAUCGCAGGCUGCAGGGACGAGCCAAGAGGCUUGCAGGCGACAAACCUGAAACCAAACAGCAGGUUCCGCUGACUGUGGAAGCCGUGGCGAAACUCGAGAGACUGGUGGCGGGGCGAACUUUGUGCAACACAGACACUUAUGUUUUGGGUGGCCUGUUGUUUGCUUUGUACAGUCGGUCCAGGUGGUCUGAUCUGAAACAGAUACAUUCAAUCCGGAUUGACUUCGACGACAGUGAUGGAGUAUCUGGUUUCGUGGAAGCCAGGACCAGAGAACACAAGACAAGCAACACUGUUCGUACCAAAAGGCGAGCCAUGCCUUUGGUUGCACCUUUUCCCGGUGUGACGGAAGCAAGUUGGGUAGCUGCCUGGCAAGAUGCAGGGCGGCACCUCGGUGUCGUAUGGGAUAAUGAGCCUUUCGGCCCGCUAGUGCGAGCGCCCGACAGCAACGGCCGCCUCUGUGCCAGGAGGUGCUCUUCUAGCGAGGCAGGUGCUAUGCUCUGCAAUGCUUUGGAUCUUGAGGGGCUUGAGCGGCGCACAUCGCAUGUGCUGAAGGGUACAACUUUGGCCUGGGUUGGCAAGCGAGGUUUCAGUGAGCGCGAUGGCUUACUUCUGGGACACCAUGCUCCAGGCUCCAGCUCUUUGGCCUGCUACAGUCGGGAGCUUUUGAGUGCACCCCUCAGGGCCUAUCGGGCCAUGCUUCGUGAGAUCCGCGACAACACCUUCAGGCCUGACACGACCCGGUCAGGUUGGUUGGCUAGCUGCGACAACCUGGAGCUGCCGAAGACUGGUGGCUUCUUGAGUGCUGAUGUGGGCGGUGCCGAUGCUCUACAAGCUGCGGUUGGUCUUUUCGCUGCAGGUGGUGCUGGCCCCAUUGACGCUGGAGCCCAAGAUGAGCUGGAGCACUACAGGGCUCACAAUUUAUCUGAACCAGCAGCUUCCUCGGGUCCUGCUGGCGAGUUGGGGUCUUGGGAUGAGGUAGAUGUGUUUGGCGAGGCGCCCCUUGAGGGCGAAUCAGGGCUCCAUGCCGAACAAUCUGAGCCUGGCUCUGCGGUCGAUGCAGGAUAUGAUCGGCCGGACUCACCUUCUUUAGGUGACUCCUCUUCCUCCUCGAGUUCGAGCUCUUCCGAGGCCAGUGAGACCGAGGGGGAGCUACUUGCUUCCAAGGGAGCCCUCGCUGAGAGGCUCAAUGUGCUUAUGAAGCGUUACAAUGGCUUAGCUUUCGUUCUGCCAGAGUUUGACUUUGCAUUUCUCUGUUUCCGUGGUUGUGCACAAACAGACUUUUGGAAGUACGGCUGUUCGUGCGCUUGCACCAUGGCGGCCACUUCGGUUCUAGCGUCGACUGCAGCCUUCAAUCGACGGUGCGAGAGUGUGGGGCUUGCUCAGGUUUGGAUCGAUGCUUUAAAGAAUAAGGGUGUCACGACUCUGGGGAAGCUGAGCUAUGCUGUGUCUCUUCCGGGCACCCAGCCAUCUGUUGAUGACAUGGACAAUUUUACUGCAACGCUGCGUCCAGGUGCUCCGAUUACUUUGGGUGAUAGCUCGGCUUUGAAGCAGCUCAUUUUUGAGUCGCAAACCAUGACGGUGGCAGAACUUAGAUCUGCAAUGCAAUCCACUGAUGAAGUGCAUCGCAAGUUGCCUGCUUCAGAGCGUUCAAUGAGGAUCGAGGCCCAAAAACAGAGACUGGUGGGCCUCCCCCUGGAGGGCCCUCUUGCUGUCGCGCAUAGUGUGUAUGAUAAGCUUGCAACCAUGCGUGAGAAUGAUGAGCUUAAAUAUCUUCCCCCCGGUGAGUGUUUGACUCGUGAUGCUGAGCUUUGCAAUGAGAAGCCACCCAAGGCCUUGCAGCUGGAUGCAAAUAAGACAGGUCUGAUUUUCAAGGACGAAGAAGCGACUUCUGCGAUGUCCAUUGACACAGACUUGCAGCUCUACCAAGCCAUGGUCAGGAGAGCCCUGGCUAUGGACCUUGUGGGUUUAGCCACGUAUGCUACUGUGCAGCGGUGGAACGAGCGUUUGUUCCGGAUCAUGAGUCAAGAUCCUCCUCCGGAGUUUCAGAGGGUUACGAGGGCUCAAGUGUUGCGUGCCGACCGUCAGUGUUUCCUGGAGCUUGCCCGUGUCUGCAACGGUAACCUGAAGCCUGACGCUUCAGGGGCCUUGCCCCUCGACAAGGAAUUCGAGAAGCUCGAAUUCAAUGCGAGCAUCAUGUACUUCCUGCUCCCGGUUAAGGGUCGAGGCAAAGGUGCAGGCAAGAAGGGGGAUAGAGAUGGCGCGGGCCAAGGCACUAAUGGCAAUGGCCAUGGUAAUGGUAAGAAGCGAACCGCAGGUGCCGACGAUGCCCCAGGCAAGAAAACGAAGGUCACUCGUGAUCCCAUCCCAGAGGCCUUGCGAGGAAUGCACUCGCGUACACCCGACAACAAGCCGAUAUGCUUCAACUUUAAUUUGGGCAAGUGCAAAGCUGGAGCGAAAUGCAAGUUCAAACAUGUCUGUUGCAAGCCUGGCUGUUACAAGGCUGAUGCCAUGGUGGAUCACGCCGCGGCGGCGCCAAUCGUACCGGUGGACAUUUUGACCCAGGGAGGCUCCUUCGCGGUCAACCUUCUGGUCGACCUGGCUGGGCAAGCAGCUCCUUCCAACGGUGGUGGCUGUAAGCCUGUCCUCUUUCGGGCCUGCUCGGAGGUUGUGUUGGGUCGGCUUUAUAGAAGCCUUGCGACUGCCAUGCUGGCUUUUCUCAAUGUUCAGGCACCCAUCGUCCCACCUCUCGAGGCUGCACAGAUUGGCACAGGUGGGCAGCCGCGCAAGGCUUCUUUCUCGCCGGUCCCCGAGUUCAAGUUGUUCAUGCAAGUACCUUUGCAAUCUGUGCCCAAGCUUGAUGGCAAGAAUCGCCUGCUAGAGCCACUCUCCACGCAGGGUGUUGUGGUGCCCAUGGGUUCCAAGCUUUUGCAGCCCUUAGUCUCGCUGACAGCCGUAUCCGGCCUGGGGGUGUGUCGAACAGCUGUCAAUCGAGCUCGGGAGAUCACAACAGCCUUCCAAAGGUUCCCGCUCGUGGUGUCAUGGAUGCACGUGAGAAAGCGUGGUCUGCUGGUGCUUAUUCGCAUGGCACCCUUUGUGCCUGCUGCAACGUUUUCGGCCAUUGCGAUCUACUCCAACGUGUGUGUGGCACAGGUUGCGAACCCUGUGGGCGAUGAGCCUCUCCACAAGCGUGCCCGCCAGGAUGCCACUGCCCCUGUUCUUGCAAUGCCUCGUGUAGUAACCUUUGGUGUGCCUUAUACAGAAAGCGAGUUCGUGCGCGCAGCCAUCAAGGCGGGCCACCCGCGUUCCGUGGUCUCGUCUUUGCCACCGCAUCUUGACUCAUGUGUGGACCUGCUGGCGUGCUCUCCCCCACAUGAAGUGAUCAAGAAGCGGCAACUGUGGCUUGAGCGGUGGACUUCACGAGCCGCCGAGAUUGGAGCCAAUCCGGAUCCCGAGUGGGGGAUCUCUGAUCCCCACAUGCACAAAGUGCUACGCCAGAAAAGGUUGCAAUUACUGGACGAGAUCAUUGCAUCUGAGGGCUACGAAGAUACCAACCUUGCUCAUGAUAUCAGGGCCGGCUUUGACCUGGUGGGGACCUCGCCAGUUUCCAACAUCCUGCCGGGCAAAGUUACACCUGCUACUUUGCAUCCCGACGACCUACGUGCAGCCUCGACUAAGGCCAAUGAGGCUCUGAAGACCACUCUGGGCUCCUCAGGUUGCAAAGAGCAGGACGAGAAAUUAUGGGCCAAGACCAUGCAAGAGGUCGAACGUGGGUGGCUCCUUGGGCCAUAUGACUGGUCUGACUUGCCUGCUGAUCAUGUCGUGUCCCACCGUUUCCCGCUGUCGCAAAACGGGAAAAUAAGACCGAUCGAUGACUACAGCAGAAGUGGGGUGAAUGCCUGUGUCACUACCCUUGAACAGCCUACUGUGGACACCGCGGACGUUGCAGCUGCAAUGUUUGCCAAGUUGUGCGAUCGCCUCACGAAGGCUAAAAGAUCUUCACUCAUCAUGGGCCGUUCUUUUGACCUUACCGCUGCCUAUCGGCAACUGUGUGUUUCGUCAGCCUCGCGGCAGUAUGCUGUCAUUGCGGUGUACAACCCGCACACCCAGAAUGUUGCCCUUUUCACUCAGGUCUGCUUGCCUUUCGGUUCGCGUGCAUCUGUUAACGGGUUUAUCAGAUGCUCGAGGUGCAUACAAUGGCUAGCGACUAAGCGCCUCUUGGUACCCACCACCUCCUACUAUGAUGAUUUCAUAGUGGCUUCCCCCGACUGCCUUGCUGAUAACACGGGAACCACCAUGGAACUGCUGUUCCAACUGCUAGGGUGGGUCUUUGACACGGAAGGUCCGAAAGCAGAUGUGUUCUCUCGGCAGGUGUCAGCACUUGGAUUACACUUCGAUUUAUCGGCGUGUGGGGAAGGUGUUGUGGUUGUCGACAACACAAGCAAGAGGAAGCAGGACAUUGCAUGCUUAGUCUCUGGUGUCCUGGAAACCAAGAUGUUACCCUAUAAACAAGGUCUUGAGCUGCGUGGGAAGCUGGCUUUCGCAAACUCCCAGGUCAUGGGCAAAGCAGGUCAGUUCGCUUUGAAGCAUCUCAGCGCGCACAUUCAUGCAUGGCCUUUUGUUGCGAAGCUGAGUGAUGCAACACUUCAGGCCCUGAGCUUCCUUCAUCAACGCAUCACCGAGGGCCGUCCUAGGAGGAUCACAAGGUCACUGGGACACCCCUGGCUCGUGUUCACUGAUGCGAGCUUUGAGCCUUGCUACACGGGCGGCCUGGGGGGUGUGCUGAUAUCUCCAUCAGGUUCUGUGCGAUGUUGGUUCUCUUUGCCUUUGGGCGAAGCGGACAUUCGGCCUCUUCUACCGCUUAAAGCGGAGACGGGAAUAGGCGAGCUCGAAGCUAUAGCUGUAGUCCUUGCCCUUCAGCUUUGGUUUGGACAGCUUGUGUCGAGUGAAUGUGUGAUUUACUUGGACAACGAAGGUGCCAGAUUCUCUUUGAUAAAGGGCUACUCUGCAGCAUGGUCAAUCACCAAGAUUUGUCAUGCCUUCGCUGUGUUAUGCGAAGAGAACACGAUCUUACCCUGGUGUGCCCGUGUGCCUUCGUGCAGCAAUCUCGCAGAUCACCCGAGCAGAUGCAAUGACUCACCAAUGCUGCCAAAGCAUCUCGAGGCUGACGCCUCUGAUGUACGAGGCAAGUUUGCUGACUUGGUUGAUUCAAUCAUAACUCUUUCCUGA